CGCGGGCGGGAUAAAUAGGGCGAGGGGUGCGCUCCGCAGGAUCCGCUCGCUUCCCGCCCGCGCCCCAGUGCUCGCCUCCCGGCCCAGCUCGGCUGCGCCUCCCCCCAGGGACCCCGAGCCCGCGGUAGAGAGACAGAGAUUGAGAGGGAGAGAGAGGAGAGACAUACCUACAGUACUACUCUGCCACUUGUGAAGCUUCCUUCCUGCAGGCCGUCCCUGCCGGCAGGAAUCAUGAACUGGCACCUCCCCUUCAUCCUCGUGGCUGUGGCCACUCUCCCCUUCGUCUGCUCUCAGUUCAGCCCUCUGUCUCUGGAGGAGCUGGGCUCAGAUCUGGGCAUCCAGGUCUUCAACCAGAUCGUCAAGUCCCAGCCGCAUGACAACAUCGUGGUGUCACCACACGGCAUCGCGUCUGUCCUGGGGGUGCUUCAGCUGGGGGCAGACGGCAAGACCAAGAAGCAGCUCACCACCGCCAUGAGAUACAGUGUGAACGGAGUCGGGAAAGUGUUAAAGAAGAUCAAUAAGGCCAUCGUGUCCAAGAAGAACAAAGACGUCGUGACGGUGGCUAAUGCCGUGUUCGUGAAGAAUGGCUCCAAGAUGGAAGCGCCCUUCGUUACCAGGAACAAGGACAUAUUCCAGUGCGAGGUCAGGAAUGUGAACUUUGUGGACCCGUCCUCUGCCUGUGACUCCAUCAACUUGUGGGUGAAGAACGAGACGCGGGGUAUGAUUGACAACCUGCUGUCUCCAGACCUGAUCAACGACGUCCUCACCAGACUCGUCCUGGUCAAUGCCAUGUACUUCAAGGGCCUGUGGAAGUCCCGGUUUCAGCCUGAGAACACCAAAAAGCGGACGUUCGUGGCUGCGGAUGGGAAGUCCUACCAAGUGCCCAUGUUGGCCCAGCUCUCGGUCUUCCGCUGCGGGUCCACAAGCACCCCGGGCGGCGUCUGGUACAACUUCAUCGAGCUGCCCUACCACGGGGAGAGCAUCAGCAUGCUGAUCGCACUGCCCACCGAGAGCUCCACCCCGCUGUCCGCCAUCAUCCCCCACAUCAGCACCAAGACCAUCGGCAGCUGGAUGAGCACCAUGGUGCCCAAGCGGGUGCAGGUCAUCCUGCCCAAGUUCACAGCUGUGGCACAAACAGAUCUGAAGGAGCCGCUAAGAGUUCUUGGCAUCACCGAGAUGUUUGAUUCGUCAAAGGCAAAUUUUGCAAAAAUAACAAGGUCAGAAAACCUUCAUGUCUCUCACAUCUUGCAAAAGGCAAAAAUUGAAGUCAGCGAAGAUGGAACCAAAGCUUCAGCAGCAACAACUGCAAUCCUAAUUGCAAGAUCAUCACCUCCCUGGUUUAUAGUAGACAGACCUUUUCUGUUUUUCAUCCGACACAAUCCUACAGGUGCUGUCUUAUUUAUGGGGCAGAUUAACAAACCCUGAAGAAUAUAUGAAAGGAUCCAGGCAAUGAUUACUCUGCCAUGAAGAAAAGACUCUUCCCAACAUCUUUCAUAGUUCUAUUAAAUAUUUUUGUACAUUACUUUCUUUUGCAAAUCUAGCUCUUAGGAACAGAGACUCCAUGAUGCCAGCAUUUCUGUUCUGGGAUGUGUUAGAGAGAGAGAGAGAGAGAGAGAGCAGCAUAGCUGAAACUCUGAACUGAGAAAUGAAAUAAAUAGAGAGCUUGUGAAAUAUCUAAAAGAUUCUUUAAACUACUGAGCAGUUACCUUGGCUAACACCUCUCCUGAGAAUUACUGUCCAGUUCAAACUGUCUAUUCUAUUUCGUUUUGUUUGUAUGUAUGGCUUUUCAAAAGCAAUUUAAUCAGUGUAAUGAGAAGAAAAAAAAAAAGACAUUUUAUGGUAGCUCUUACUUUUUUUAUGGAAAAAGAAUGUUAUUGCCCUUUAAUUUUUUUUUUCUUGGUCCAUUCCAAAGUCUUGGUAAUAAGUCAGCAUUGUUUGGGGGACAAGAAAAGCGAGAUCUCUAGCCCCUUCGUGUGUUUCUGUUGUGGUUGUUGUUUGAUAUCAUGCAUGUAAUCACUAAAAUCAAUUUGAAAACAACUAAUGUCUUGCUAGACAAGGUUUGCAGUAUACCUGUCACUACUGGUCUGUACUCUCUGGGUUUGCAUUUUUGUAUUUUGUACAAAGUAAAAAUAAAGUGUUAUGAGUAGUAAAAUAAUAACGCUGAUGAUG